GCUGCUCUAUUGUGUGAAGCUUACUGUUGCUGCUGUUCUGUCAGACCAGUAGCAGUGUUGCUGCUGUUCUGUUAUCCUAUUUUGUUACUGCCACUAUGGCGUUGUUUUCCUUCCCUCUUACUAGAUGGAUUGGAAACAUCGCAUAUCAUUUAGCCCAUGUAGCCAUUUGGUGUAAACAAUUUUAUUUACUCUUGUUUUGUUUUCUUUGUGACAGAAAUCAAUCAAACUACCCGUGGACCUACACGAGGCAUUCAACCUCAAGGACUCAUUGACAAACAAGGAAAGCUUCCAGUUCCCAUUCCACAACUAUUCCGUGCGCCGGUAGGAAAGCAUGCUGCUCAAUUGGCCUCAAGGAUUGGUGUCGAGGUUCGCACACAUGUGAUAGACGUUGGCGUCCCUAGGUGGAAGGCAGUAGAUGAGAGUGUUAAAGCGCCUAUACUUCAGCGCAUAAUGGAUAAGUUUGACUUGCAAGGAGAUCCAAUCGAUGUUGAAAAGGCAGUGGCAACACAAUGUGGACGGAGGUUGAGCAAUCACAACUUCGUUUUGCACAAAAAGUACAAGAAACUUAAAGAAACGAGGGGGGAAGAGUAUGCUAGAAACACCCCACCUGCUGGUGUCAAUCCAGAGCAGUGGACGAGCUUAGUUACUAAGAAGUGGACUGUUCCAAAAUGGCUGGAGCGAUCAGAAAAAAACACAUCAAACAGGUCUUGGGCUAAGACAAAACAUAGAUGUGGAUCAAAGUCACUCCCAGUUAGGGUUGCCGCAGCGAUGCACGAUAAUGGAGGUGUUGUGCCCGCGGUAACAGAGAUGUACAAGGAUACCCACUUCAAUAAGGACACACAAAUAUGGAUCUCUUCAGAAUCCGAAGUUCUCUAUGAUAAGAUGGUACAAAUAGAGAUUGAACAUAAUGCGCAGGAAGGUGCAAUCCCGAUUACGCAAGAGGAGCUCUCCGUUAAAGGACUUAAGGCAAAGUCAGGCUAUGUGAAGGGACUUGGCCUUAGGCCUUCCUCCUCUAUUAGGACUGUGAACAGGGAGUAUGUAACACACCUUGAGGGAAAGGUGCAAGAGCAAGCUGAAAAAAUUCAGGAGCAAGCGGAAGGAAUUGAAGCAGCAAACAAUAAGAUAGAGGAACAGGGGAAGACUUUGGCUAGUGUUAUGGCGUUUCUUAAACAACAAGGAUUCACCGGUUAACAACUUGUUGAUUGAAUACGCAUAAGGUUGGUAGCGGGGAAGAUGGUAUAUAUAGGCUCUUCCAUGAAGACUUUUUGUUUGGAUAUAUGAAGACUCCUUUUUGGGAUGAAGGUCCGAGUCUUCUUUUUUGGAUAUAUGCUUCUAUGAAGACUCCUUUUUGGGAUGAAGGUCCGAGUCUUCUUUUCUGGAUAUAUGCUUCUAUGAAGACUCCUUUUUUGGAUAAAGUUCCGAGUCUUCUUUUUUCAUUUUAAUGAUGCUACCGAACUAUGAUGAACAUAUAUGGUAUGGUCUACCUUUCAUGUUUUGUCAUGGGAAUAUUGAUUCUUUAGAUCCUAUGGUUGAAUGGACAUUAAUUUGGUGUAGAAUACAUAGUUCUUAUGGUUAAUGGAUGUCUAGUUUGGCACAUGAUUAUAACGGUUUAUAAAGAUGUAUUGGCUAUUAUGGUGUAAUUUAUAGUUAAUUUGUUUGGCUGAGUAUUGAAUUCCAAAAUGAAUAGGAUGAUAUUGUCUUGUAAGAAGAGUGUUAGUGACAAUUUAUUGUCACUUUUACUUCCUAUACACAUAUUUAAGGUGACAAUUUUUUUUUAUCACCAAAGAUGUUUCUCUCAUCAACUUUUCAAUGACUAUAUCUUUCGUCACUAAUUGGCUUUAAUUGGAAAUUUUAGGUGACAAAAUAUUUUGUCACAAUUAUUAUUUUUAAUUAAUUUCUUUGGUGACAAAACUUUUUUUGUCACCUAUGUAUUUAUAUUGUUCAAUCACCUGCCAUAAUUAGUGACGAAAUUGAAAAUGGGUGACAAAUAAUUAUUACAAUGGUGACGAAAUAUUUCGUCAUCAAAAAGAAUAAUAGGUGACAAAAAAAUUUCGUCACCAAGUGAUUUUUUUGUGACAAAUUUUUUUGUCGUCAAAAGACACCAUAGGUGACGAAAAACAAAUUUCGUCACGAGGUAGGAAUCCUCGACAACCUUUAGUCGACAAAUUUUUUUUCGUCACGAAUACUAUUUGUGACGAAAAACAUGCAAUUUGUGACAAUUUUCAUUUGUCACCUAAUGCAAAUUUUCUUGUAGUGAC